AUGGAGCGACGUCGCCCGCCGCAGCUCAUCUUUGUGGGGGUGGUCUUUCUCUGCAGUCUGAUCCUCUUAGUCAUCGGUCCGAAGGUAGCGGCGGCGGAGAGCGACCUCCCGCUUUGCGACGGCCCUCUGGCGGCCACCACCGGCGAGCCCAGCGUGCUGUACAACUUCGACCUCGUCGCUCAGCUCUUCCGCGUGGUCGACGAGGCCGACCUCACCUCCUUCUCCCUCCUCCUUUCCGCCUCCAAUGAAACCGAACCGCUGGCCACGACCGCCGAAGUGUGGCUCAACGCGGGUCAGGCGCCCGGUACGCCACUGGCCAACAGCUCGUUCGAAAUCGUCGGCCCCGGCACCAACACCAGCGCCGGCGUCGACGCGCUGCUCUUCCCGUUCAACACCACCAUUCCCGACACGUCCGUCCGCCUGGCCGCCAACACCAGCUACUGGCUGGUCUUGACCCUCCCGUCGCCCGUGCUGCUCGGUGUCACCAACGACGCGCAGGCGCCCGACCCCGAGUGGCCGCUAACGCUGGGCGAGCUCAAGUACGUCAGCGGCGCCGGCGGCUGGACCCUGAGCGCCAGCCGCACGGCCAUGGUGACGCUCGAGGGCUGUCACGCCGUGCGGCCGGAGCCGAGCCCGUCGCCGUCGCAUUCCCCGUCGCCCACGCCGUCGGCCUCGCUCUCGCCCACGCCCACGCCGUCGGCCUCACUCUCGCCCACGCCCUCCGUCACGCCCACGCCCUCGUCGACGCCCUCCACCUCGCCGUCGCCGUCGCCCGUCAUCUGCGCCACGCUCGCCAACAACUCGGCCGCCAUCACCGCCGCCGGCGUGGAGUUUGUCGUGGCGGCCCAAAAGCUGCAGGUGGUCGACCCCAGCAAGAUCCGCUCCUUCACCAUCCGCCUCUCGGCCCAGAGCGAAACGACUCUCGCGUCGGCAACGCUGCACGUCAACAGCGGCGGCCAACCCGGCGUCGCGGUGGUCGAUGCGAGCUUCAACGUCUCGACACAGAUCAUCACCCCAGUCGUCGACGGCGACAACCAGACGCAGUCGGUCGCUUACACGUUCGAGGCCGCCAGCGGGCUGCCAGGCGUGAGCCUCGGCUCGGGCACCUACUGGCUCGUGGUGGCCGCCAGCGACUCUCAGACCCUCGCCGUCGACGUUACCGACCCCUACGCGCCGCCGGUCGAAGACGCGAUCGUGCUGGGCUCGCUCGCAGUCGACGACGGCGUGAGCGUCGGUCUUGUCGACACGGGGAUGGCGGCGGUGGUGAGCUUCGACGGCUGCCACGCAAUCCGACCGUCGCCGUCGCCCUCCCGCACGCCGACGCCGUCGAGUUCGCCCUCGCCUACGGCUUCGGUGUCGCCAUCGCCCUCGCCCUCGCCAUCGCCAGUGAUCUGCGGCACGCUGGGCAGCACAAGCCUGGGCACGGCCGCCUCCUCCGCGCUGCCAUUCAACACCAUCGCGCAGCGGAUACGCGUCUCCGAGGCCAGCAGUGUUCAGUCGUUCACCGUCAACCUCGCGUCGAACCAAAAUGACAGUGCGCUGGCCACGGCCGAGUUCUACAGCGACAGCAUGGGUCUGCCGGGCGACGCGGUACCUGAUGCCGCGUUCGAUGUGGCCAACGUCACCGUGCUCGGCGGCUCACCGGUGUCGACCGCCUACACAUUCCUCUCGGUCCAGCCCAAGGGCGCGCGCCUGCUGGGCUCCGCCCCCUAUUGGCUGGUGCUGACCGCCGCGGGGGCAGCGACCAAUGAGUCGACGCUGGUGCUCGACGUCGUCACCGACGCCCAGGCGUCCAACCCGCUGGACCCGGUCUCGGUCCGCGUCAACCGGGUGGCCCGCUACGAUGCGGCGGCGAUGACGUGGGCGCUCGACGCCGGCAACGUCACGGCCGUGCUGCGUAUGGAGGGCUGUCACGCCAUACGCCCGACGCCGUCGCCCUCGGCCACGCCCUCGUCGACGCCCUCUAACUCGCCCACCUCGUCGCCCACGCCCAGCCGCGCGCCGGACGUCACCCCCAUCGUGGCCAACGUCACCAGCAGCUUCAACGACAGCGCACCCGUCGUCGACAUCUCAGCGCCCAUCGCCACGCCGGCGCCGACCAUCGCGCCAUCAGUGAGCCCGCAGGCGAGCCAGCAAGCGAGCCCGAUUCCAACGGACAGCGGUGGGCCCGUCACCACCCCGAGCCCCUCGCCCACCACCAGCGCGGCGCCGUCGCCGGUCGUGCAGGUCUCCGUCACCUCGCGCUUCACCGACAUCACCAUCGGCAACGUGACCGUGCCGGCCAACGCACUCGGCGGCUUCACCCUCAGCGUGGUUAACUCGACCGACACCGCGCCGCCCACCACGAACACCACCACUGGCGGCGGUGGUGGUGAAGGCACUGCGGCGCCGCUGACAUAUGUGUACACGGCGCAGCUGGACAACGCGACGACCUUCGAGCAGGCUUACACGUUCCACAAGCGCCCGCGCGAAGCCACCUUCGCCAACCUCAACUUCUCGAUCACGGCCAGCUCGCUCAAGUGGUCCAUCAACCUCACCUCGUCGAGCGCCGGCUCGCUGGUGCGCAGCUCCCUGUUCGGCGCGUCGCCGUCGCCGUCGCCUUCGGCCUCGCCGUCGCCCUCCGCCGGAACCUUCCACGACGAUGACGACGACGAUCACCCGACACCGAGCCCGACGCCCGCCAUGGGUCCACCGCUGGUGCUGCACUACAACUUAAGGGGGCUGCUUACGUCGGGCCAGGCGUUCAACACGACGCGCGGCCGCAGCGGGGUGAUCCGUCGCAACAGCACGCCGCAGGCCAACAUGACCACCUACUACCUGCCGCUGGCGUCGACAUCGGCCCUCAACACCGUCGCCGCGCAGGUCGAAGUGUUUGACGUGGCGCUGCUGGACGGUCGCCUGGCGCCGAUCGAGCACGACAUCGUGCUGCUCAAUUCGACCAACGACAUCGACGCGGCGGCGCUCGACAACUCGAUCGAGUACGUGCUCGAGCUGCGAUUCCCGCCCUUCGAGGCCUCGCUCUACUACGACCCGAGCCUCGGGCUCGGCGUGCUGGUCGGCUCGGACCCGUCGCACGACGGUGGCGGAGGCGGCGGCGGGUUCGCGGACAACACGGGCCUCGUCGUGGCGCUGGCCGUGGUGCUCCCCCUGGCGGGCCUCGUCGUGGUGGUCGUCGUGGUGAGCGGCUUCAUCGCUCUCCGAUACCGCAAGCGGCUCCAAGAGCGGCUCGCCCGCAAGCAGCCUCAACAGGGCGCCGUCUAUUUUGAUGACGAAUUGUAG